CCUCCCCCUCCCUCUCCCAGGACGGAGGGCCAGGCUGGCCCUGGGGCGCGGCCCGCUGGGGGAGGCCAUCCCUCGCUCCGCUUGCCCGCCCAGGUGAGCGGCUGGGAGGAGCCUUUCGGAGCCACCCGUCUUGGGCUGCCAGGAGGGCGCGAGAGAGGAGGACAGAGCUCCGCGUACGAGACGAAGCGGGCGAGGAGAGAGGCCGGCCCCGAUCCCUCCCGCAGCAGAUGCCCCGAUGGCACCAGAUGAUGGCACGGAAUGGCUUUUUCAGCUGCUGUCUGAAAUCCAGUUGGAACAGUUUUAUGACAAGAUCCGCAACGAGCUUCACGUCACCCGUCCGGGCCAUUUUGAUUACGUCAAGCCCUCUGAUCUUGAUCGCAUUGGCAUGGGACGCCCAGGACAGAGACGGUUAGAGGAGGCCUUGAAGCGCAGGAAGCCUCAAGGCCAGCGCCCUAUGUCCUGGGUGUAUAAGAUGUUCACUGGGGGACGAAGCCCAGACAAUGAAGACCCCCCCAGCCCCCAGCCCUGCACAAACCCCCGGCCGGAUGCUGACGUCUCCCUGAAGUGCCUGAUCAGCGAGUGGGACUUACGGAUCCGGGAGCGCCUGGGAGACGGCUGUUUCGGGAUAGUGCACCGCGCCGAGUGGAACGUGCCCAGAGGGGGACUUAUCCCUGUGGCCGUGAAAUCGCUGCGUUCUGAUGUCUCCUGUGACCCGGGUGCCCUGAUCGAUUUCCUCAACGAAGUCAACGCUAUGUGCUGCCUGGAUCAUCCCAACCUCCUCCGCCUCCACGGGGUGGUGCUGACUCAACCCCUCAAGAUGGUGACGGAGCUGGCCCCCCUGGGGUCCCUCUACGACCGACUGAGGCCGCCCUUCCCCCUCCACCAGCUCUGGACCUACGCCCUGCAGGUUGCCAAGGGCAUGGCCUACUUGGAGUCCAAGCUCUUUGUCCACCGUGACCUGGCCACGCGGAACAUCCUCCUGGCCUCUGAGGAGAGCGCCAAGAUCAGCGACUUCGGCCUCAUGAGGCCGCUCUCCAGCAAGAGUGACCGCUACAUCAUGUCUGUCCACCGGCGCAUCCCUUUCGCUUGGUGCUCCCCAGAGAGCUUGCGCAUGGGGAUUUUCACCAGUGCCUCUGAUGUGUGGAUGUUUGGGGUCACCCUCUGGGAGAUGUUCUCCUACUGUGAGGAGCCUUGGAUGGGCUUCUCAGGACGACAGAUCAUGCUCAAGAUUGACAGAGAAGGGAGACGGCUCGAACGCCCAGACGACUGCCCCAGGGGCAUCCACUCCCUGGCGCUGAAAUGCUGGGCCCACAACCCAGAGGAGAGACCCCGUUUCCGCGAGAUUGUCAGCAUGCUGCAAGAGCUCCGUCCUAAGGAAGUGAAGGCCUCCCAAGAACUGAACGAGCCCGGCUGGCUGCGGCUUGAAGCAAACGACACGGUCACGGUGAUUGAAGGCAGACCUGACUUGUCCACGUGGAGAGGACAGAACAAGCGAACGCUGAAAGUGGGCAUCUUCCCAUCUUCCACAGUGAUGUCAGAGGAUGAAGCGCCCCCUGCUGGGACCCCACAGAUUAGCCUCCCCAUCCGACACUCCUUUGUGCACCUGGGUCAUGGGGACGUUGACCCUGAGCGUGCAUGGGGCGCUCCAGACCGAAUGGAGGAGAAGAAACCAAAAGCGCAGGCGGGGAAUGUCAACCCCCAGAAUCGAACUGGGGGUAAGCAGCAGCUCAUGCACUUGGCUCGCCUCUCCAAAAGCUUAGAGUCCAUUUCGGAAUUCAGCGUCCUGCACAGCAAACCUCGUCUCCCACCCUUCAAGGUGGACCCUCCCAGUGUUCCUUUCCAGCGGCGCUUCAGUGACCUUCCAGGGCCUCUCCCUCCAGCCCAGCAGCUGGAACAUCGGGGCCCUAAGCCGCCUUCCCGGCUCCCGAAUCCAGCCCUCCCCUCCUGGGCUCUGCCCAAACCUGACUUUUCUGCAGGGGCCAGGGAGAAGGAGCAGAGGCCGCCCAGGCCGGCCCCCAAAGGGCCCCCCCUGCUGCUACCCUCAGCCCCCUCCAGUGGGCAAAGGCCGACCCUGAGUGAGAUAGAGAAGAAAAUCAAGGAGGUGGAAGACAGGGUCCACGGGACGACGAUGGAGGAGUGUCGCGAGGCCUUGAGGGUGCACGGCUGGGAUGUUCACAAAGCAGCCCAGAUACUGAAGGUGGACCAGCUCUUCCACAUCAGUUCCCACUCGCGGGAAGAGUGCCGGCGGAUCCUGGAGAAGCACCGCUGGAACCUGGCCAUGGCCUCGCGCUACGUGCUCAGCCGGAGGCUCCGCGCAUGACCAGGGGGGGUGGGGGGAUGCGACAGAGACAGAACAAAAGGUGCUACUCAUUUUAAAUCUUCCACCACCACCUCCAAGCAGUGACCUGCCAUACAUGCAGAGGGACACCAGCAUCUCCCUGGGGUGGCGUCUCUUGGUGGGCUUCAAGGCACUUUGGAAGACCACAAGGGUCCUGGCCCAGCUCCACCACACCUCGAUCUAAUGCCGCCUUCCCCAGCCUGGUGCCCUCCAGCUGUUUUGGACUCAAACCCCCACCUUCACCAGGAGCUCCAGCCAGCACAGCCACAUGAUGCUGGGGCUGAUGGGAGUUGUAGCACCAACCCAGGUGGAGGGCACCAGAUUGGAGAGAGGCUGCUCUAACCCCCGGCUUGCUUGGCUUCUUCUCAUAGCAAUCCAAAGUGGACUCUGCCCCUAUUGUCUACUCUGAAGCAGAGACUUCCGCUCUUUGUUCUGGCUGCAAAAUCGCCCCCUUCCCAUUUCUCAGGCCAGCUGUGCCAUCUUUGGUGCUCAGAGUGCGUUACAGCCUCCAUUCUGUGCCUCUCUAUGAAUGCAGAGGACGCACCACAGUGGGGCAGUUACUCCUGUGCCAACUCCUUUCAUUUCCAUGGGGCUUGUGCAGGACUUUCCCCCAGAUUGAACCUACUGCAGGGAUGCAUUCAUGACAAACCGCUUCUAUGCACUUCUCCUUUAAGGAAAAGGUGUGCAACGGACCACCUCAGGGAAUCUUUAGGGUUAAAAUAAGGGACAGUCUCUAAGGUCCUACUCUCAUGGGGAGGGGUAAACUUGUGUCUGUACAUGACUGAAUACUCUUCUAUGCAAAAAUAAGCUCCUGUAGAAAGCGCAGUUUAGUUGGUUGCAGCCUAGCUGUCUGUCUGCCUUUGAAGCUGUAAUCCUGUGCACAUUGACAUGAACAUCUGCAAGUAAACAUGGCUAGGCUACAGUGCUCAUGAACAGCCCAGUAGAUGAGCCCUCCAACACAGUUCCAGUCCAAAGUGGCAGCUUUACACCUCUCAGGCUAUACGAGGCCAAAAGGAAGCAGUUAGAUUACAUGGCCCCCUUCCUACACUUCUUAGGAGUCUGUAUAUAUAAUGUGGCUAUGUUGCAUUUGUAAAUAGGGUGUAAAUGAGUGAAUGCUGUGCCACUGUGUAAAUAUUGCUCCUUUCAGAGGGGGUUAUUAGUGUGCUUUGAAUAUGUGCAUUUAUUUUGCGCAUGCAAACUCAAGCUGAACGCACGGAGAUGAAGGUGCAUGCAUUGGGCCUGUUCAGAAGGGGCAAAUGCAGAAAUAUUUCUAAUGGGAGCAGGGGCAUGCAUGAAUGCACCAAAUCUACCGGUACAUGCGUGUUUAAAAAACCUGACUUGUGUUUGUAUGUGCUGCAUAGAGGUCUCACACACACUCACACCAGCACUCAGCUGGCUGAUGUGCUCCUUCUCAAAGCGUGCGCUGCGUACAUAUAGAAUUGCAAAGUAGUAAUAAAAAUUAUAUAGAA